GCAUACGAAACAAGGCCUUCCUCCAACACAAAUUCUACAGGGAUAGAACAGAUUGCAACCUCCAGUGAUAAUGGCUCAGGAGGUGGAGGAUUUACUAGGAAUGGCACAAGCAACAGCAGUUUGGCCGAAGAACCAACAGCUGCCGCGGAAGAGUUGAGAUGCAUUAUCUCAGGAAGCAAAAAGAAACGUAUUCGACGUGAAGUAUACUGCGAGCUUCUGUUCGAUUUAGACCAGGCAGUGAGGGUUAUAGUGACACAGCUUGGCUUUUUGAGGGAUUUAAACUGCAUUCCCACGUAUCCCGACCCUGGCUACCUCACCCCGCACCAACUCAUCAACUCCAUCCAACUCUGGCAUGAAGAAAUGAUUGAGACGCACAAGAGGUGUUGUGAGUCGGAGGAUGAAACUAGCAGAAUCUUCAGUCGAAAUCUCAACCAACUGUAUGCAACUGUGAUAGCCGGAGAGUUUGGCAUGCUAUGCCCGUUAUCAGUACCAAUAAUUACCUGGGACAGUUACCUGAACAAGCUUUCUCUUCUGAUGUUCAUGUUGGAGCAGAUGCAGGAGGAAUUGGGUCGGAGAAGGAGAUGUCUCAGAGGCUGUGUCAGCGAAAACCAAGUUCUCUGCACCAAUAUACUCCCAUACCUUUUCCUCCCUCUUUGAAGUUUACUGUGUACAAACCCUGCUUUUUUGAUCUCAUUUUGUAUCUAUAUUAUACCAUCAAUUAUGUUA